ACUGUUCAUCCAUGACAAACCCAUCUGCUGUUUUCUCCCCGCUUCACUGUCCUACCCUGCGAGAGCACAGCACUCUUCCCUCCCCAAACCACCUUCUCUUCCCCCGCCACUCUGUUCCACUACGAACCCUAGAUCCAUAAUUCCGACCUCGUCGACCCCUUCUUCGCGCCCCAUCCCCAAUCUUCCCUCCUUGAGCAGUGUUCAUCCAUGGAGGAGGGAUCUGAAGCACGCUCUCCGCUCCUGCAACACGCGGGCGUCACCGUCAGCACGCGCGAUGGACCAAGAUGACGGUCUGCACCACCCCGCCGUCGACCUUGCCGCCAGUGACCCCGCCUGCCCGACCCCAACAUCCAGGACCUCUCUUCAGAAAGUUUGCGCUCUUAUCACUACAUUCAACGAAUUCAAACGCAGGCUGGUUGUAGAAAUUGGUUUUGGUGGCAUGUUGCGUCUCCCGGCUAUUACUAGGCUUAAUUUAAAAUUCAGCGCAUGGAUCAUGAGCAUGGUCGAUGGUCCGAACAGAUGCAUCAAGCUAUCUCAAGAUAGAUCUAUUAAAUUCUGGCCAGAGGAUAUCCACAAAGUUUUUGGCAUACCAUGUGGCACAAUAGGCAUCCAUAGCCCUGAAUAUCAACAAGCCGAAAGUUCAGUUCAGUUCUUUAGAUCUGUUCUUGGUUUUUCUGACAAAGGGAAUCAAGUGCUCAAGAAUGUUGAAGCAGUUCUAAUGAAAGAUUUAUCUGAGUCAACUGCCAGCAAUUUAGAGAUUGACUGUUUCAAGAUGGCUUUUGUGAUUUAUUCCAUGGGCCACAUCCUCGCACCGUCUACUAAGCACGACGUGUCAGUAAUAGAUUACUGGGCAGCUAUUGCAAACACGGAUAAAAUCGUGGACUUCAACUUUUGUGAGUAUGUAUUUGCUGAUUUACUGGCAGCUUGCUGGAAGGUCCAGCAAGACAUUCAGAACAAUAGGCCAGUUACUCACUUGAUGGGAUGCCAUCUUUUUUUCCAGAUUUUUUAUCUAGACAACCUAGACCUUGGCAUGCUAAACCUCCCUCACAAUUCAUAUCCACGCAUUUCCUGCUUCGAUGAAUCAAGGAUCAGAAAAUGAUCAUACAGUGCACUAGAAUUGGCCCUGGCCCGACAGAUUUCUCUGUACCCCAGGUAUGUGUUGCUGCAGUUUACCAAUCCAUGCAUCGGAAUCAGAUGAAAUACUCGUGCAAUUCUGUCCAUUAUUUUUACAGAUCCGUCACCACACCCAGAUUUGCUACAUGCGUGCCGUUUGGGACAGAAAGCCUGAAGCCAACACAUCAUCGUAUCUUCGUAUCUUCAGUCAAACUAGUCUGACUUGUUAGGUCUUCAUGUAACUUCAUUGAUCUUUCAGUCCGGCAUUCAGCUUGCUGUGCUAGCUCUUCAAAUAUCCAGUUCCUACCCUGUAAACGUAAAUUAUGGAUAUUCAGAAUUACAUACUAGACCCAAUUCGAAUA